AUGAGCCAUUCUACAAAUCAAUCUGUUAGUGCUCAACCGCAGAAUAAUGGCCAGCCACAAGGAUCUUACAAUGUUAGUGGUCCGCAGAAUGCCGGUGGCUUACUUCAAAGGACUCUAAAUACUGGCACACAGUCUUCAAGACCUCAAAACACUGUAAAUAUAAUUGUACAUACCUUUAUUGACGUUCAACGAUACACUGACCUAGUUGAAGGUACAGAUCCAUUUACUAAAACGCAAGGUAUAGAAACUCCACAGUCACAGGAUGUCCAGUUUUCAGCGUUGCUAAUUUCAGG